AUGACAAGCUCUGGAAAAAGAGAGAUUUCAACCUCGACAAAACCUUCAAUGGAGACAUCGUCACGUGAUGAUGCCGUGCAACUAAACCGAGCUUUCAAAGGAUUAGGUUGUGAUACAGCAGUAGUUGUCAAUAUUCUUGCAAAUAGAAAUGCAUCUCAACGUGACAGCAUUCAACAAGAAUACGAGACCUUGUUCUCUGAUGACCUCAAAAAACAAUUGGCUCACCAGCUUCAUGGCCAUCUCAAGAAAGCAGUUUUACUAUGGAUGCAAAGUCCAAUAGAACGGGAUGUUACAACAUUGAGACAGGCUUUGACUGGACCUGUCAUUGAUAUCAAAGCGGCCACUGAAAUAAUAAGUACCCGCACUUCCUCCCAUAUUCGACAGAUUAAACAAAUUUACACUCCUUCUUUUGGUACGCGACUUGAGUAUGAUAUUGAUUGUCACACAUCUGGUGAUCAUAGAAAGUUUCUGCUGGCAUAUAUAGACACAACACGAUACGAUGGCCCAGAAAUUGAUAGACUGUUAGUAGAGGAUGAUGCUAAUGCUAUCAGUAAAAUUGGGGUGAAGAAAUCUGGAAUGGAUGAGAGUACUUUCAUUCAGAUUUUCACUGAAAGAAGCACGGCACAUUUGAUUGCCCUUUCUUCUGCUUACCAUAAAAUGUUUAGAAAAGAAUUGAGAGAGACAAUUAAAAGAGAAACGUCAGGGAAUUUCAAGUAUGCCCUUCUAACAAUUUUGCAACAUGCUGUGGAUCCAACAAAUCACUAUGCAACGGUGUUGCACAAGGCAAUGAAAGGUUUGGGCACAGAUGAUAGUACUCUUAUCAGGAUAUUGGUUACGAGGGCUGAGAUUGAUUUGCAGAAGAUCAUGGCAGAGUACUUGAAGAAGUACAGAAGACCAUUACCUGAGGUUGUUCAUUCAGAUACAUCAGGUCACUACAGGGCCUUCCUUCUUUCCCUCUUAGCCUCUCAGGCAGAAAUAGAGCGUAUCUUCAAGCUAUUUAACUGUCAAGUGUUGGACUUGUUGGACUUGUUGCAUAUUUUGCCUUUCCAAGUCUUUUAUGCAACCUUAUCUCUUUUAAUUAAGAUUCUACAUAGCCAUGGCUUUCAAUCAAAAUCACUGGCUCCAUGCAUUGGUUUGGCACUAUUGUUUUGCACAUCUUUAGUCACUCCUAGUUUUGCAGAGCUUGAAAGGUUUGAACACCCGGCUAAAGGUGAUGGAUCGCUUAGCUUUUUGGUGGUAGGAGACUGGGGGAGAAGGGGCUUCUACAACCAGUCUCUUGUUGCUUAUCAGAUGGGAAAAAUUGGGGAGAAGCUAGACAUAGAUUUUGUUGUCUCAACCGGAGAUCAUUUCUAUGAUAAUGGAUUAACUGAUCUAAAUGAUCAAGCAUUUGAAGAGUCAUUUACCAAAGUUUAUACUGCUAAGAGCCUGCAGAAACAAUGGUACAGCGUAUUGGGAAAUCAUGACUACAGAGGUGAUGUAGAGGCGCAAGUGCACCCUGCGCUUAGGAAGGUUGAUAGUAGAUGGCUUUGUCUUAGAUCUUUCAUCCUUAAUGCAGAAAUUGCGGAGUUCUUUUUCGUCGACACCACUCCAUUUGUCGACAUGUAUUUCACUGACGAAGAGCAUACUUACGAUUGGCGAGGUGUGACUCCCCGAAAAGCAUACCUUGCUAGCCUUCUUAAGGAUUUGGAAUCUGCAUUGAGCGAAUCAACCGCAAAGUGGAAAAUUGUUGUUGGUCACCACGCAAUCAAAAGUGCUGGGUACCAUGGAGACACCAAGGAGCUCAAUGAUCUACUUCUGCCAAUGUUGAAGGCAUACAAUGUUGAUAUGUACAUGAAUGGGCACGACCACUGCCUAGAACACAUUAGCAGCCUUGAUAGUCCAAUCCAAUACCUAACAAGUGGCGCAGAUUCAAAGGCAUGGAGGGGAGACCUGGAUAGUGAACACUAUAAUGGGGAUGAUUUGAAAUUCUUAUAUGAUGGUCAAGGUUUCAUGUCAGUGCAAUUGACCAACAGUGAAGCUGAGAUUACGUUCCAUGAUGCUUUCUGCAAAGUUUUACACAAAUGGAAGGCAUUGAAGGAGCUUCACUCUGCAGUAUGA